AUGAGUAUUGUGAAGCUUCAGUUUAGUCUUCACGACUAUUACGCGAGUCCAUCUGUUGCUUUGGAUGAGACUUUUCUUUAUUUCGCUGAGACCUCUAAAGAAAGUGGCUUAAAAAGUCUAGUCAAAAAAAUCAAGUCGAAUAUGAAAGGGCAUACCCUUCCUACGUUCAAGUCUCUAUUACUCUUCCAUAUUAUUGAGAAGAAUGGCGAUACCAAUAUCUGUCAGAGCUUCACUGAUUUGUCGUUUAAGAAGGUCAACAAGGCGAAAAAGAUAUUGAAAGAAGACACAUCAAAACUCUCCUAUUGGGCGGAGCUUUAUUCAGAUGUUGUACAAAAGACUUUAGAAUAUCACUUGAAGUACAUUUUUUUGAACGGAUUUUAUAAAGUCCCCCAACAUGAAAAGAUUCCUGAAGACUUGAGAACACUUCCCAAACUCGAAAAUAUCAUUAUAGAGACGCGUACACUCUUUAAAGUCGUUGCUGCAUUUGUCGACCAUUUCUUCGGUAAAAACACUGCAAAUUUGUACCUUCAAAAAGCAGUCCAAUUCUCGUUGACAGACGUUUUGCACUUAUUUAGACUCCUCGUUCACCUUGAAAAUUACAAGGCGCUUUUGUCUCAAAAGAGUCUUGACACUGAAAACCUCAAAUUGUGUCAGUCACAACUGUCGCUCUUCCAGAAGUCUUUAACAAAGAAGUACAUCACCAUCCCACCAAUAAAAAAGAUCCCAAAAAUUUCUGAGAUCAAAUGUGGAACUGCGAAGUAUGAGGAAUUCGUAGAGCAAUUCCCAAUACCAAGUAAAGAGGCAUCAUCGGACUUUAUAUAUACUCCAAGGUUUAAAGCAUUACAGGAAAACUGUGGUAACACAUCAGACCCAUUCUUGACUCCAAGACUUCAAUUGCAGAAGUCGAGUGAUAUGGACUGCCCCCUCUGCCUUGCCUAA